AUGCCUCGAUAUUUCGGAAUCGAUUGGGCGCCAUUAAAUAUUCCUCUUGAACGUCGACUUCAAACUCUUGGAGCGCUGCAUUUUUUUGCCAUCACACUGUUUACACCAGUUAUUGUUCUUAUUUUACCAAUUUAUAUGGUGAGUUGACAUGGUUCAAAACAUUUCCCUUGAGAAGUUCUAAUGAAUUUCAUUUUAAAACAAUACUAAAAAUUAAGAUUACAACUUAUUUAUGGCCGUUGAUAUUGAUUUAUUGCAUUUGGGCAUAUUAUGAUUGGGAUUCUCCAAAACGCGGUGCCUAUCGAUCAAAAUGGUUUCAAAGUCAAAGAAUCCAUGAUUAUUAUGCGAAAUAUUUCCCAGUCAAAAUGCACACAACAUCAGAAUUGGAUUCAAAUGAGAAUUAUUUGAUUGGUUAUCAUCCACACGGAAUUAUCUCAAUGGCGGCUUUUAUUAAUUUUUCAACAAAUGGAACAGGAAUUCUUCAAAUUUUCCCGAAAAUUCAAUUUCAUCUUUGCACUUUAGUUGGACAAUUUUGGAGUCCAUGGAGACGUGAAUGGGGACUUCUUCAUGGAAUGAUUGAUUGUAGCCGGGAAAGCAUUAAAUAUGUUUUGGAAGAUAAAUCAAAAGGUAAAGCUGUUGUUUUGGUCGUCGGUGGAGCAGAAGAAGCUCUUGAUGCUCAUCCAGGACAUCAUAUUUUGACAUUAAAAAAGAGAAAGGUAUUUUCGAUACAUAUUCCGCGAAAACAUAUUUUUAACUUAUAAAUUUAGGGAUUCAUCAAAAUAGCUCUUCAAACUGGCGCCCAAUUAGUUCCAUGUUAUAGUUUUGGUGAAAAUGAUAUUUUCAACCAAGCUGAUAAUCCAAAAGGAUCAACAAUUCGACAUUUUCAAACCGCGAUGAAAAAAAUCAUGGGUUUUUCACCACCCGCUUUUCACGGAAGAGGCGUUUUUAAUUAUACUUUCGGACUCCUACCAUUCAGAAAACCAAUAAAUACAGUACUCGGAGCACCAAUUCGAGUUAUCAAAACAGAGCAUCCAACUGAUGAACAAAUUGAGGAAUUACACAAAGAAUAUAUGACAAAAUUGCGAGAACUUUUUGAUGGAAAUAAGACAAAGUUUGGAGUUUCAAAUACAACUCAAUUGGUGAUGAAUUGA